CGCUGUUGUGGUGUGUCUGUCAGCUUUUUCAUGUCGACAUAAUUAAUAGUCCUGUGAAAAAAGAAUAGCCACUUCCCUAAUAAACAAAUCGAUGAACAGCUGUAUGUACCUCAUCACAAACAACAGCAACAAUACAUUUCGGUGGAACUCCUUCGUGAACAUGACCCUCAAUUUCUCAUCCCCGGUCAAGAAUUCGGAGCUUCCAUACAACAAUGCACAUUCAAUGUUUUCAACAUUCUUAUCACUCGUUUUGCUUUCCUUAUUUAACUAGCGCAUAAGCACAAGCAUAAGCAUAAGCACAAACACUCGCAUAAGCAAGUGAGAACACCCACGACAUAAGCAUAAGCAUAAGCACAAGAUAUGCUUAUGCUUAUGUUAUGCUUAUGUCGUAGUGCGAACGCGAGUGAAAUAAGCAUAAGCAUAAGGGUAAGGUGGUCAACCAAUCAUCGCUCACUUUGACCAAUACCUCCUCGAGAAACUAUCCCCAAACAAAAUGGCGGAUUCAAAUCGCUUUGACAUCACGGCAAAUGCAGAGCUGUCAGUAGAUGAACUUCUCUUCGAGGCGGUGAGACAAUACCCGGUUUUGUAUGAUAAAGCAAGUAAAGAUUUUAAAGACCGCAACAAAAAGGAGCUAGCAUGGCAAGACGUCGCGGGGAAGACUGGUUUUCCCUCGGGUAAAGAUGCAGAAACUGCUUUCAAAAACCUAAGGAACAGAUACUCAAGAGACAAGAAGAAAGUACAAAAUGUCAAAGUCAGUGGAACGGAUACACAAUCUGUCACAGAUGCCAAAAGUGAAACAAGCGACAUGUACAUGUUUUUGGCCUGGCUGGAUCCAUAUGUUCAACCCCGUCGCUCUUCAAGUAAUCUUAUAGUGAUAAACGAAACCUCACAAGUAGAUGAUGCUGAUAAUGAAGAUGAAGGUACAUGCACUCCAGUAGACAGCAGCUCUGGUAGAAGCAUCACCCCAGACCCUAGCUUUGAGCCAAAGUCAUUAAAGUCAAAAGUAACUGGUCGGCCAAAAUACCUGCAUGCCAAACGUCCUAGAAUAAAUAAUGAAGCUAUUGAAGGAGCUGAAACAGAUUUUCUCAAAUCUAUUGGAAAUCACCUUGUAAGUAGAGACAGUCAGAGAGAACAAAAAGAUGAAGAAUGCCUUUUUGGAGAACUUAUUGCUGCCCAACUGAGAAAGAUGUCAACACAAGAAAGACUAACAACCAAGAUGGAAAUAAACAAUUUGAUUUUUUUCCCGCUUAUUAAAGAGUAAUUCUCAAGAUGUUAAUACUGUUAGCUAUGUAGCUUCUAGGUACCCUGAAACUGCUAGCAGAAGUUUCAUGUAAUGUAGAGGCUGGGUAAUGUAGAGGCUGUUUCAACAUAUCCCCCAGGUUACUUCUUCCAGCAACGUCGACACGAGGGGUUAUAAAUGCUAAGAGUAUCAACCCUACUUAGUUAUGUAUUGGUAGUUGAAACAAGGCAUAAUUGUCUGGUGUGUUGUAAGGUCAACAUUAUUUUAUUGUUAUGACCAAAUUAUUUAAAGUAUUGAAAUCAUUAUUGUACAAGUUUUAGUUAUAGAUUAUGUUACAAAAUAAUUAUAAAUUGAGAGUUACAGUAUGUUCUUGUUAAGCAAACAGUUUUGGAACGUAUUCCCUUUUCACAUGGGUGUUGUAAUAAACAAAAAGGUUGUGUUGUUCAAUGUUGUGGUCACUACUUUUGAAAGCAUUUAACCAGUUUCUGACUGUGAUAAUC